AGUGGGCCAUAGGUGCUAAGUGCUGUGUGCAGCUUAAUGCUCCCAAAGGCUCUUUGACAGCUGUCAGCUGCUUUCGGAAAGCCCUGUGGAUUUGCAAGAGAAAAGAAGAAGGAAUUGUGGAUUUCCGGGAGUUCCAAGGCUAUUACCUGGCUGGCACUUACACAUCAGAUUCCACACAGCAGUCAUUAUGGGAAGCCCUACAGCUCUGUAGAGUUCAACGAAGCAUUUGCAAUGGAGUUGGGAUGAUCAAAGGAGAGUACAGAACUAUAUUUGCAACCCGAAUUCUACUCAUCAUUGGAGCUCUUGGAGAUGAAAGCACCGCAUAUUUGAAAUCACCUUGUGCCCCAGGGCACUAUGGUACUGAAUGCCUGGGCAGUUGCACUUGCAGUAGAAUUGAAAACUGCAGCCCCUUCACUGGAGAAUGUGCAGAGAAUUUACAGUGUUCUCAGGAAUACGUGGCACAGCAAUGCCAAAAAGGAGUGAUCAAUAUGAAAUGCCCAGAGGAUCCUGGAUGGUGGUACUGGAAUGGCAGCUGUUAUUAUAUGGAAGAGACGAAUAGUUUGACCUGGCUGGAAGCUAAGAAUUACUGCACUGCCUAUAAUGGCACUGACCUGCUAUUGCUGGAUAGCGCAGAAGAAAAGGCCUGGGUAACCUCUGUGUUACAGAAACCUGUUUGGAUUUUCUCGUUGGGUGCCUCACAAAGUGAUGCAGAGAAAUCAGGCAGGAAGAAUCAACGUGUUACGGUAAGCCCCACCAAGAGUACUGCUCCAGACAGUUGUGAUCAGCUGAAUGUGAAUGGGAGCUUGAACCAAAUUAACUGUUCUUCUCUGGCUUUCUGGGUUUGUGAAAGAAGGGAAGGUGACAGCAUGUUUUGGAAAUACUCCAGAAGGCUGCUCACUAAGCCUUCAGGAAGAGAUACAUAUUCAUCCUUGGAGUUUGCUCUGUCAGCCUGUAUUUUAAAAGCAGAUUGCACUGGAGUCACCUACUGGGGAAAGCGUUACAUACCAGUCACUGGUAAAGAACUGAUCUUCAGCAAAAACAGACAGGAUGCUGUGUACCUGAGGAGUGCUUGCAGCAAAGGACAUUAUGGUGCCUAUUGUCAAAAGAAAUGCCCCACCUGUCUCAAUCAUACCGUGUGUAAUAGACUCACAGGGCUGUGUGAUGGUACAGUGACAUGUCAAGAAAGGAAAAAAUUAGAACUCUGUGAAUACCGCCUUACAAGCAAGUUCUGUUUUGCCUCUUGGAAGUACUGGAAUGGAAAUUGUUACUAUGUUCCUCCCUAUGGGGUGCUGAAUAAGAGCGAAGCAGAGUUCAUGUGUAGUCGGUUCCAAGGGGCACAACUGAUCAAAUUAAACAACACUGAAGAACAGAGAUGGAUAGCUAAAGUCAUCACUAGAAAAAGCUGGCUUGGCAGCCUGAGCUAUAAACUCCAGUCAAACUCCUGGAUCAUGCCUGAUGGAGAUAGAGCAGCCCCUCGUUGGGGUUUCAGAGCAGUUCAAGAUUUGUGUGUGCAGAUUGAACCUGUAUCUGGAACCUUAAUUUCCUUUGCCUGCUCUGAACGGGCUUCGUGGAUCUGCAAGGGAGCCCCAGUUCCUGGAGCGCUGGAUUCCACGUAUAAGUGGUGGACAACGUUGACCUCGUCCCUUUUAGUUUCAGUUUUCGUAGUUGUUGUGAGUGCGUUUGUUACAUUUAAAGCUGCCCAGUGGAGAAGACAAGUGCUGGUAGAAAAGACUGAUGGGAAAGAGCAGAGAAGUAAAGUGGAGAUGGAGAUGACACAGCACCCCUUUCAGCAAAGCAGAACAUCCCUAGAACAUGACUAGUCAAAUACGUUUCUUUAAAUCAUCUUGCAUUUCACUCAGAGACGUUUUCAUCAGUGUUAUUUCUUUUUUAAACAGUUCAAUAAACUCUCAAAUAGAAAACAUGGCUUUGCUUGCUAGAUGAUUUUACAGCUGUUCAGGGUUUUUUUAAGCUUUAGGAAGGGGUUAAUGGACUCUAAUACAUUCAGCCUUUUGCAUCAUUUUAUCAAAUACUAUAAGGCCAGAUUCAGAGCAGGUGAUGUAGCUCCACUGAAUUCUUCUCUGUGUGUCUUGGUGCGUCACUUCUCCAGUUUACACAGCUAAGGACUUGGUCCUCAGCAUUAAACACACUUGGUCAAUGGUACAGUAUUUGUGAACCAAAUUCUGCUGUCAGUUACAGGCAUUUAACUCAGUUAUGAACAUGGUUGUGAGCAGAAUUUGAGCCCUUGUAUUAUUUAUGCAGUAUGGAUUGAAAGCUGAAGUCCCUUAAUCAGGAAGAGCUAAUUGAUAUGAGCAGACAUUUUCCCUGACUAAGGGCUUCAAGACUGUUCUAAAUACACUGGGGCCAGUUCCCCUCCUGCUCCAGUUUUAUGCAGCUGUAACUCUGGUGCUAUUAGUGGAGUUACUUUUGACUACCAGCAGCAUGAGAGGAGAAUCAGUCCCGCUCUGCGUAAGUAACAGAAAGACUGACAAAAUCAUCAAGAGCCAAAGCAGCAGCAAGGCUGAAAUUGGUUAAUAAUAAUAACAGUAGGAAAGUGAGCACAAACUGUCAGAUUUAAGGAUAUGCUGACCAUUAUCAUAGAAACAAGGUGAUACUGAGGACAAAACCUCAUGCUUAUGUAAGGAUAUUUUCCUACGGGAUCUCUGUGUUCUGUUAUAUAAUUACCUAUUUAAUAUUUUGCUGAUCUGAACCACAGAGCAUGACCAAGUUAAUAUGAAUGUGCAUAGUGUAAAAUAAAGCUACUGGACAUCUGCAGUUUCCACUUCUCAAACAUUAAUUAACUGAAAAGUCCAAACAAGCCUAAAUCCAUAUUAUCAGCUCACUGGUAUCCAUAGCACUGACAAAAUGUCACUCAGCCCAUUAGCGCGACUUUGAUAGCAUCUAUAAAUAUACUUCUGAGAACACCUUGCACGUAUAAUGCAUAAAGAGUCAAGUUUGGAAGAAGAAGAGUAGGGAAGCAACUACUGUUGCCUCUUUCUGCCAUGGCUUCCAAAAACAAGUGAAGAGUUUUCUGGUAAAGUGCCUGGACAGUAGAGAUGUUACAUUUGCUUGCAUUGAGGACACUGAACAAUGGAAUAUCCUCAGUGAAAUCAAAAGGAAAAUUCCUAAACUGUAAAGGAAGAUGCGUAAAACUUUAUGGAAAACGGAUCUUUAAAAAAAAAAAAGUCCAAUCAGAAAUACGGGCCAGCAUGGGAGUCUGCUCCAUGCUGUUCCAAGGAAGAGCAUUCGGAUGAUUAUUCACUUUGAAAGUGCAGCUUUCUCAUCUUAAAGGGGACAUUUAUGUGCAAAUUUAGAAUUGUGCGGAGUACUGUCUAACUAGAGGCCCUUGAUCCAUGCUACAAUCAGCAGGAGAUGGUUCAGCACUAAAGCAUUGUCUUUUUCAUGUCAGUGGGAAUACUUAAGUGCCUCUUUUCUAGUCUUCCAUUCUCUAUUUAA